UAUAUAACAUUGAAAAUUGUAAACAUGACAGUGGCAGCAAAUUUAAAAAUAAUUCAUGAUCAAAUUUUAGCUGCUUCUGCUAGGAGACCGUUGGAAUAUAAAGAUUUUGAACCACGCCUGGUAGCUGUGAGUAAAUUAAAACCUCCAGAAUUGAUUAUAGAUGCUUAUGAAGCUGGUCAAAGACAUUUUGGUGAAAAUUAUGUAAAUGAAUUAGUAGAGAAAGGAACUAAUCAAAACAUUUUGGCAAAAUGUAGUGAUAUACGUUGGCACUUUAUUGGUCAUUUACAGAGAAAUAAAGUGAACAAAUUAUUAAGUGUUCCAAAUUUGUAUGUCAUAGAAACAGUUGAUAAUGAGAAGUUAUUAUCUGUACUGAAUUUUUCAUGGCCCAAAUUCAGAAGCCAGGAUGAUUUAAAAUUAAAAGUUAUGAUACAAGUCAAUGUCAGUAAAGAAGAAGGAAAAAAUGGUUGUGAAGUCUCAAAAGUUUCUGCUCUUGUAAAAUACAUUAUUAAUAAUUGUAAAAACUUAGAGUUUGUAGGACUUAUGACAAUAGGGAUGUCUGGAUAUGAUGCGACUAAAAGAUCAAAUCCUGACUUUUUACAAUUAAGAGAAUGUAAACAAAAUGUUUCCAAAGAAUUUGGUAUUGAUUUGAAGAAAAUUGAAUUAUCUAUGGGGAUGUCAAAUGAUUAUGAGCAUGCGGUGGAACUGGGCAGUACAAAUGUCAGAGUGGGUAGUGCAAUUUUUGGAGAACGACCAAAAAAAGAUAUUUAAAUGAAUUCGGUAUAUAAUAAUUUUUAUUUUUUGUAUUAUAAAAAGAACAAAUGGUGUUAUCUGGUACUUAUGGUGGAUUUGCAGUGAUUAAACAAUGAAACCUUUUCAUUUUGCUGAGUUGUAUUUAAAAAUUGAUCUGUAUGGCUUUGCUGUUAUGAUAUAUCUAUACAAGAACUAGAUGCAUUUUGAAUGUAUACAGGGUGGGGCAAUAACUAUUACCACCUCAGAUAUUUUCGUAACUAUAAGGUUCAUAGAAAUAUUUGUGUAACCAAACUUGCACAGUACAAAGAGAGCCAUCCGAUGGCACUAAUAGUUUUUUUGCAGGUGGAGGUCCUUUGGAUAUUUUAAAGUCACAUCCAUUUUUUUAAAUGGAUCGGUAUGUUUUUGUUUCUGUAGAAUGAUAGAGGCGCUAAAAACGAGUUCAAUGACCUAUUAUAUAAGAUCAUAGUAGGUGUUCGAAAUAAUGACCAUCCUAUCAAUGCAACACUGGAUUUUUUUUAUGAGUGAUGGAUGUGAAA